UUGCAUAAGACUAUCGAGAGCGUAUGUUCUGCGCGCAUACCUGUGGGCAGAAUGGUGCUAACUCCCCAACCAGGUCCUCGAACGCGGAGAGAAGAUUGAUGAUCUCGUGUCCAAGUCGGAGGGGCUCAGUGCCCAGUCGAAGAUGUUCUACACCUCUGCGAAGAAGCAGAAUUCGUGCUGUGUGAUCAUGUGAGCAGCGCGCCGAUACCUAUGCCGGUAACACCCACGUCGAGAAUCCUCGACACGACCCUCGGAAUAGAGGAUUUCGGUGCGAACAUGAAGAUCAAUUUUUUCUGUGAAUUAUUUGGAAGCGUUCUGUUGCUACAGGCAUUCGUUUAUGGUUUUUUGACCAGGCUGGAUUUGCAGGCACAUGCGGGACAGGUUUGAUUUACGGUAGACGAAGAAAUAAGCCCGAGAGCAAUGAAGUGGCUUUAUGACUUGAGAUGAUAUGGCAGGGCAUCAAAGAAUGAGAUGUAAGGGGGAAGAACGUAGACCCGAAACUAUGUGAAUACACAGUUUGGCGUACUGUGGCCUCGUCCCAGCAGUGGAUCCGUAGAGGGGCGCAUCUGCGAUGCUUAUCUAUGCUCGGGAUCCGGCACGUUGAUUGGCCCAACCAGGCAGUGCGAUGCCUAAGUAUAAGUAUUAGAC